AUGCUGGCUCUCCGAGACCAGGAAAACCUCGUCCACACGCACCAAACCGUUGCCGCGUCGAAGCCGUUGAAUCAAAGCACCAAGCAACUGCAACCAAAGACCCCGGGAAAUCGAGUUCCAAAGACGCCCUUUAAAGUGCCACUGAAGGAUGAGAAUGACCCGCUAGCUUUUGGAAAGAAGACUGUGAAGACCAUCGGCAAGCAAAAUGAGAACGCCAAACUUUCCGUCAAAGAUGCUUUCGUCACUCCUAUGGGUAUGCACCAGCCUUUCCAUGUUGCGGGAAACAUUUUGGGACACAGGGAUUGGGAAUCUAAUCAUAAUAUAGGUGACACACGCCAGCGAGCGCCCUUGGGUAUGAAAACGACCAACGCCAAAGCGAGAGGCCUACAAACCCCGGCAGCACCCGCUGGAACUAUAAAGCCAGAAAGGACGACCAAGAAAGGCUCUACACAACGUGUGAAAAAGUUCUCCCCGUUUGUUGAGCAGCCACAGCCCGAGGUCCAUAUCCAGCCCCCUCAGGAUGAUGUUCCUGAUAUCGAGUACAUGCCACCCAAGCCAAAAGAGCUUCCGGAUUAUCCUGACGAUAUCACAUAUGAUACCUCGUUUCCUCAAUUCCAGCCCAAAAACCUGGCACUUGGGUUGGAAAGUGUUUAUGGAGACAAGGAGGUUGGAAAGGAUGGCCUCACGAAACAGCAGCGCAAAUUCCAAGAGGACUCGAGGGCGUACGACAAGAUGAUUGAUGAAACUAUUUUGAAACAGGUCGAGAGCGUCGGUUUUACUGAGGCUGAUGAAGACAACCAGCUAGCCCCCCAGGCCCCAGUGUCAGAGAUUCCUCCGCGCCGCAUUCAUGCACGACAACCCCGAGCCGCUGCAGGGAAAUCAAGCUAUUCUGCCGGUGUUCCUACAGUCCGUGCUAGGGAAGCGGCCAAAGCUCUCUGUAGCAAUGAACGCUCUGUCCCACGAACCAGGGCCGCUCCUAUCAUGAAGCCCAAGGCCAGGAUUACCUCGUCACUGUUUCCUUCCAAGAAGCCUAAGGCCGUUCCCAGCAACCCUUCUCCCAUGCGCCACACUGCGGCUGUAGCAGACUCCCGGACAACUGUGGGCUAUACCAAGGGUCGAGAAAUGUCAUCUCGUUUAAACGGCAAGGCUAAGAGUCCUUCAGCUAAGCAGCCAGCAAGCAGAGCUCUCUCCCCUGAGGUCUAUACUCAGCCUCACGAGCCUGCUCUUGCUAAUACGCAAAGCGAACAGCUGAUGGAAGAAGCUUUCCCCACGUACGAAGAAGACGAGGAAACCCAGAACUUCCAGCUAACAUUAUAA